GUCCCUCCAGUCGUUACCAGGGGCGUGGAACCAAGCGAGCUGAAUGGGAAACACAUUUGUGUGCCUCGCCGUUGUAUUGACCUGUUGGGGAGAUAAGAUGACAAGCGAAAACAGUUGUCCGCGUAAAUUACUUGCCAAGGGGACGACCUGCAAACUAAAAUUUCCCGUGUCUUGAAGCGGCCCGACCGGUCUUUAACUACGAGCUCCGCAUACAAGCAGCCACGAAGAAGCCGCGGAGAGAUUCGGCAUCGUUAGCUGCAACUGAAGAGACGGAUGCGAGGACUUGAAAGGAGAUAAAUACAGCAUAUUCGUCAUUUUUUUAAUCGUCAGUGUGGGGUUUGUUCAGUCGGCAGACAGUGAGUUGAAUCAGAUUUUUUUUCGCAGUUGUUUGGGUAGCUCUAAUGCGUGAAAAUGGGGAUAAUAUGCAGACAGGGCGUUUUAAAGUCCACCUCUCUGUCGUGGACAAUCGGCUAACGUUAGCGAGGUUUUUCUAAUACUGGACCUGGCAGGUCUGCCCGUGUCGUUUAUCGCUAGCGUGAGUUUAGCCGACGUUUGCUGUGGUUUUCUUCGCUUUUUGAACGAGCUCUCUAUAUCGGAUGAAGUCUCGUCUAUGUCAUCCAUCCCGGUCUCGUUAGGGGCCUCCGCUCGCAAACUGCGUCACCAAGUGGGCGCUGCAGGUACUCAUCUCUCAAUCUGCAUGUUGUGCAGUCUAGUCAUGGCACAAAUGACCUGGAAACCAAAGUGAUUGAACUUUUAAAUGACCAUGGAGCCGGAGACGACUUCAAACUCCGAGCCCCACCAAGAACUGAAAUAUCCAUCUGUACCCAGCUCUCAGUGUGAACCGGCCAUGAAUAUGUAUGAGGCCAUGGGUGAUGGAAAUGUCAAUCCUGUGGACUCAGUAGUGAGAGGUGGGAGUGACCCCAGUGCGUAUCCUUCCUCCAGUUACCAGAGGAACGUGCAUCAGAGAUUCAUCAGGAGAAGUCUGUGGUUCUCGGACACAGAUGAGCAGACCUUUGAAGCACCUGAGUGUGAUAACAGGAGUAAUAUCCUAAACAUAAACCUGCGAACAAUAGUGGACAGGACGCUGGGGACUAGUUGCGGAAUACAGGAAGGUUCCAGCACUGAAAGUCAAGGCGGGCAAAAAGACAGCGCAACAGAGAGUGCCAGUGCUGAUGAAGAGAAGCAGAGAGGUGGAGAUGCAUUAAAUUUUACAUGCAGUGAUGCUGGUAAAGCCGCUAUCAAGGCAGCCAGUGAGGAGAACGAGGAGGAGGCAGAGAUGAAAGCAGUCUCCACAUCUCCAGGAGGAAGAUUCCUCAAAUUUGACAUUGAGCUGGGGAGAGGGUCCUUCAAGACGGUCUACAAGGGCCUGGAUACCGAGACUUGGGUGGAAGUUGCCUGGUGUGAGCUGCAGGAUCGUAAACUAUCAAAAGUGGAACGUCAGCGCUUCAAAGAAGAGGCGGAGAUGUUGAAGGGGCUCCAACAUCCCAACAUUGUCCGUUUCUAUGACUUUUGGGAGUCGCCCGUUAAAGGGAAGAAGUGCAUCGUUUUAGUGACAGAGCUCAUGACGUCAGGAACAUUAAAAACCUAUCUAAAGCGUUUCAAAGUAAUGAAGCCCAAGGUGCUGAGGAGCUGGUGUAGACAGAUCCUGAAAGGCCUUCACUUUCUCCACACCAGGACCCCACCCAUUAUACACAGGGACCUCAAAUGUGACAACAUCUUCAUCACUGGACCUACAGGCUCAGUCAAGAUAGGGGAUUUAGGACUGGCAACACUCAAGGCAGCUUCCUUUGCCAAGAGUGUCAUAGGCACUCCAGAGUUCAUGGCUCCAGAGAUGUAUGAGGAACAUUAUGAUGAGGCUGUGGACGUUUAUGCCUUCGGCAUGUGCAUGCUAGAGAUGGCCACCUCAGAGUACCCCUACUCUGAAUGUCAGAAUGCUGCUCAGAUAUACCGCAAAGUCACCAGUGGAGUGAAGCCAGCCAGCUACAACAAGGUCAUGGAUCCUGAAAUCAAGGAGAUUAUUGGGGAGUGUAUCUGCCAAAAGAAAGAAGAGCGGUACAGCAUCAAGGACCUCUUGAACCACGCUUUCUUUGCUGAGGACACGGGCGUAAGAGUGGAGCUGGCUGAGGAAGAUGAUGGAAAGAAGGCCUCAAUAGCGCUGAAACUCUGGGUGGAAGACCACAAGAAGUUAAAAGGGAAGUACAAGGAGAGUGGAGCCAUCGAGUUCACAUUCGACCUGAUAAAGGAGGUCCCUGAGGUUGUGGCACAAGAGAUGGUGGAGUCUGGCUUCUUCCACGAGAGUGAUGCUAAGACUGUGGGAAAGUCAAUCAGGGACCGUGUGGCACUGAUCAAAUGGAGAAGGGAGAGAACAGUGUCUGCUGCAGCUGCAGUGGAUCAAGGUGAAGGGGGACACAGGAUCCAGAUGAUACCAUCUCAGGGCAUCUCUGCUGGGCCUGCACAUGUGGGACAGCCUUUGCUAGAACCAGAAGAAAUAGAGGCAGACCAGCAAAACAGGCUGCGUAACCUACCAGCCAGUGCCACCUCAGUGACAUCAGAUGGCACACUUGACAGUGGCAUGGGCUCCACUGUGUACUCAGACUCUCACAGCAGCCAGCAGAGUGUCCUCUACCAGUCCCUGCUGGAGCCUAUUACUAUGGCAACACAGCAGAGCCAGAGCGGUAGCCCUUUUCUGACACAUCGAUCUCACUCCUGCGAAAAGGGUGAAGUAUGGGGGGCAACACUGAGCCCAGAGCUCAGGACUCGUUUGGGAGCUGCAGCCCGGAGAGGAAGUGCCCCUGUUAUUGACACUCAGAGGGCAACCCAGAUUGCUCAGCUCCAUGCCCUCAAUCAGUUUCAGAGAUCAAUCACUCCCACCCCCACCGUACCAGAGAACGAGCCAGAGCUCAGCCCUUCUGGGAUGAUGGAUGGCUUCCCCUCCCAGAGUGCUCUGCCACUGCUGCAGGUCUCCCCUGUCUCUCCACCUUCUGAGUACCGCCGCCUCAGUGACACCAACAUCAGGCCGUCGUCAGAGGCCACCAGUGAGAACUUAACUUUGCCUGUUUCAAGUGGACGCAGACACUCUGACCUUACUAGUCUUCUGAGUCUGACCUCUCAUCAUAACAACCAUUGUGCAAUGCAUAAAAGCCACACAUGCCAGGCCUGCCUGUCUUUACUUCUCUUAAGGUCACAAGAAGGGAGCCAUCGCCGACCUUCUGUUAUACCAACACAUCUCUGUCCAUGUGACUUUAGACACUACCCGUCCUCUGGUGGAACAGUGGCCACCCUUGGUAAUGGAUGGCUGAAAGGUUCAAGGGACUGUUCUGAUUUCUCACUGCUUCAGCAGUCCCUGUUCAAUAUAAUUGGCCGCAAAGCAGCCCCUUGUCACACCACACCCACCCAAUCCUCCCUGCUGCCCUCUUCAGCUGCUAACAGACCCUGCAGUGAAGGAGAUGGCAGCCUGAAGAGCCAUCUCAUGAGUGGCAGUUUGGCGGGGGACCAAGAACCCCUCUGGGACUGCAAGGAUAAAUUCUGUACCGGAGAGCAGCAAGUUACCAGGGCUGUGGGAGUGACCGGUUCAGCAGGUCACCACAAUCAGCCAUCUAUCCAGGGCCUGCCUUCUUCCAGCACACCAGUGCACGCACCACUGCAGUAUCUCCAGCCUGGACACAGCCAUCCUGCCUCUCCGUAUGCUGGCCAACACUGUGCUGCACCACCAGCUCCAGCAAGUAUUUCAGCAUCAUCAGCUGUUCCUUUGAAAGUCCAACAAGCUUGUCAGAACUGUGCGGCCCCAACUCGGGCUCACUCUGUGUCAGGAUAUCCUGCUCCAGUUCAACAACAGACUGCUGCUGCUGCAGCCACCACCCUUUCAACACAGCAGCCAGCACAAAGCUACCCUCUUGCAUCUGUAGCCCCAACUGCAGCCAUGGCCCAGUGUCUUCCUGCACAAGCUCCCAGCACACUGCAACAGGUCCAGGCUGCAGUCAGUUUGCCUAGUCAGCAGCCUAGUCAGAGCUCCUCCACGCCAGCACUUUAUACCCAACAUAUACCUAUUCAGCAAGAGCAGCAACAGCCCUUACUGCAAAAUACUCAGUCCAAUAUACAACUAACACAACAUGCAGGGCAGGCUUAUAUUCAGCCCCAAGUCCAGCAUAGCCAAGAAACCCUGCAUAGCAUACACCAACACAUGGCUCAACAGCCUGCCCACCGUUCUCAGAUUGUACAAGCUCCUGGUCAGCAACAGGUCCCCACCACAACUCUACAGAAGCACAGUCAGAAGACCAUGCAGACAGCAGUUCAGCUACAGAGCCAUGAUGUAUCCCAGUCUACAGUCCAACACAUUCAGACCCCAGCUUCACAACCUCUUCCUACAACGGCCCCAGUUAUUGCAGGCACACAUCAGAGUUUUCUUGCGGCAGGACUACCUGAUGUUGCUCCUGAGAGCUAUGGACAUUCUGCUAUCAGUGUACGGCAGCAACAGGUUGCUCCAGCUCAGACCCAGUACCUGCCUGCACAGUCCACUGCUGCUCCACAGACGUAUGGGGGAGCUAACCACUUAGUGACUCCUCAGAGCCUUUCAGCCUCUUCCCAGUAUAGCCAGACUGCGCAUAUCAUACAGCAGAAUGUUCUUGCUGGUCAAAACAUUUCACAACUUGGACAAGAUGGACAGGGCCAUGGGCACAAUCUCAGCCAAUCAGCUUCUUGUGCGGCAGCCCAGGCACAUCCUACUCAGCAGUCAAUAACUCAGGCUCCUGUCCACCAACAACUCCAACCUCUGCAUAUUUCAAACUCUGUACAACAAACACACCCAUCACAGUUUUCUUCACAGUAUCCCAUAGUCCAGGUGAUGGCAGCUGUGACUGACUGUGAAUCCUCCUACCCUCACUCCUGCACUGCCCCUCACCCUUCAACCUCCUCUUCUCUUAAUCACAUCUUCCUUUCUCCUGGGCAGACUCAUCCUGUGACCCCAACUAUCUCCCCUCUUUCUCCUCUGCACACUGAAAAUGUGAUAGUUUCACCCAUGUCAGUGUCUCUCAUCCCUUCCCCCUCACCCACACUGGGCAAGGUGGGACCCACAUCCCCACAGCAUCAGCCCACCGCUGCUCUGCAGCAAAGUGUUAGACCUGAAGCUUCCGAUUCACAGCCUGCAUUCAUAUCAGCACUAACCCACCCCUUACACACACACACUGCCACGUCCCAGAACACACACCCUUACACAAAUGGCAGCACUCAGCCUCUGAUACAGCAGAUUCCCCAGCACGCCCAGGUCAGCCAUCCUGAGCUUGUCUCCUCCGCUCAGCUCACCCAACCUGCAGUCUUCUCCCCACCUGUGCAGAAUAGGUCAGACUUGAGCACAGUCACCACUGCUGCCCAGCUGGACAACAAGAACCAAUGCCAGCUGCCCAUGCAGGCCCAGUCCCAGAGUCAGGUUCAGAGCCAGAUUCCUGUGCUGCAGCCCUCUGAUUCUCAGAGAGCAUCAUCUGGUUCUGCCAGUUCCUGCCUGACUCAGCAGAAUCAGGUCACUUCUCUCACAGGAGCUUCAGCUCAGGGUCCUACAGAGACCAACACUGAGGAUCAAGCCACAGAGAAACACACUGGAGGACAGAGCUAUGACAGUGUCAACUCUGAUGCCACGUCAGGGAAGGAGAUGAGUGAUGGUUACGAGGGGACACAUGGAAGUAAAGGGGAAGGGAAAAUCCGCAAACACCACCGCAGGUCCGCACGCACUCGUUCUCGGCAAGAGAAGAUCAGCAGGCCAAAGCUCAACAUGCUCAAUGUGUGUAACACUGGGGAUAAGAUGGUAGAGUGUCAGCUGGAAACUCAUAACCAUAAAAUGGUCACUUUCAAGUUUGACCUGGACGGAGACGCACCGGAGGAGAUUGCUACAUACAUGGUGGAGAAUGAUUUCAUUCUGCCUUUAGAAAAAGAAGUGUUCAUCGAGCAGCUGAAGGACAUUGUGGACAAGGCAGAGGACAUGUUGAGCGAGGACACUGAGGGUGAGAGGAACUCUGACCAGGAAGGCAGUCCCAAACAGAAUGAAGGAGCUGGCACACUGGGAACAGAGGGAUUGAAGACCACACCCAGCACCGCACAGCUGGUGUACCAGCAAAAUGUCCUCCACACUGGCAAACGCUGGUUUAUCAUCUGCCCUGUGGCUGAGACGCCUAUGUUAGACAAAGAGAAGACUGUAUCUCACAGCUCUACAUCCCAAGAAUCUGAAAAGUCCACUUCAUCAUCAGUCAGGCCUGCAGUGACUACGGCAGUUGCAUCUUUGUCCUCCCAAACUCUGUUGUCGCCCUCUUCCUCCUCUCUGCCCGCUGCAGCUCAGGCCUCAGUGCAACUUCAAGACCAAAUCACUGACAAAGCGAGGAUCCAACAACCUCAACCCUGUGCAACUAAACAUGGCCCUCCUGCUUCUGGUACCAGCCAUCACAACGCCCUUCCUGUGGAAGAGCCUUGCAUCUCUGCUGUCUCUAUGGUAACCGACAUGCCAUGCUGUGCUAUUGUGCCACCUGUCUCUCUGGAUGUGAAUACUGUUGAUAAAGGAGCAGCUGGUGGUUCGGCCUCCUCUCAGACUAAUCAGCCCAAUCAAAACUGCAGUCCUACUGGAGAACUAACCACUCAGCUGGCCUCCCAUCAGUCUGUGGUCCUGCAGCAACCCUAUGCCACGCCCAUGCAGCCUGGGACAGUCACCUCUCAGCCCCAGAGUCCAGCACAUCAGACCUCCCAGAGUUCCCAGUCAUCAAGCCACCAGCAGCCAGUGUGUGGGGGGCCAGGAGAGUCAGACAGUGAGGGACCACGCAGGGUGGAGUUUGUUGACCGCACCAUCAAGACUCUGGAUGAGAAGCUGAGAAACCUGUUGUACCAGGAGCACGCUCCCUCCCAGCCCUCCAGCACUGCGUCUGACCCCCAGGCCUCCAGUACAGAGGGAGUGAGCUCACCUCCAAUCUCAGAUGGCCAGAGCACAGAGGGAGCACAUAAGAAGAAGAAAGGGGAUCCACUGCCCUUGAUUCCUGAGCGCACAGAUAGUGCGGCUGUGCGAAGUGACUCUGUCGUGGCAGCCACUAACAGGGUUUCUAACAGACGUGAUAUGACUGCCAGCUCCAGUUCAAACAGCUCCAAAAGCCGAUUUCAAAUCAUCCCGACUCCACCGGAUGUCAUUUGUCGCUUAGAGAAAAGCAAGACGAACUGCAGCACAUGCAGCUCUGCAGCACCCUCUAGUGGUUCUGGUGGGUCUCACAGUCAGACCCAGGGCAAAGGGAGCAAAGAGAAGGACUGUGUGGCUGUGGGCAGAUCCACAGUGUCAGCUACAGCUGAUAAUGAAAAUGCAGGAACAUCCAAACUCCACAAUAGCAACCGGUACUCUGCCCCACCAAACUUUUACCAGGCCACCCCCAUUUCCAGCCCUGAUCUCACCCCACACCAUAUCCCCCGCGCCCAGACCAUUGACACUCCGACCCAUCACCAUUACCACCACCGCUCCUCUCACCUCUACUCUGACUCAGCAGAUGAGGACAGCAGCAGUGUGGCCCUUCCACCAGCCCACCCUGCUCCCCCAGCUCAUGCCCUGUCUGAGCACAGUGGCAGCGACCUCAUGAAGAGGGCCGUGGCCUUCCUGCGGCGCUCUGGUCGGAGCAAAAGUGAGCAGAGCUCCGAUUCACCAAGCCGACAGCCUGUGGCAAUGAAUGGUCACGCUCCCUCGCCUUCUGUAGGACAUGCCCAUUCAUCCUACAUCAGCAGUGACAAUGACUCCGAGUUUGAGGAUGCAGACAUGAGGAAAGAGCUGCAGAAACUGAGAGAAAAACACAUGAAGGAGAUCUCUGAGCUGCAGGCGUUCCAGAGGAGUGAGAUUGAGUGUCUGUACAAGGAGCUGGGCAAAACGCUGCCCCCCAAUGUCGGCCUGCUUCAUGCCGUACCCCCGAGUGGCCGCAGGCGCAGGGCCAGCAAGCACAAGCUAAAGGCUGGAAAACUGCUCAAUCCUAUGGUGCAGCAGCUCAAAAACAAUCUCAACACCUCCACAGAGAGAAAAGGUGAAAGUGCUGCCAGUUCAUCGGGCUCUCCAGCUAAAAGCUCAGUUCUGUCAGAUGGCUCGGCCCACUCCAGUGGCAGCUCCAGCUCCAGCAGUCAGCCCUGUACCGCCCCAGAGCAGGUCCACACCCAGCAGCCCUGCUCCCUGAAAGGUUCUUUCUCCACAGACAACAUCUACGCCGGGCUACACAGUGAUGGAACGGCCAACCAAGCUGGUCCUGGCCAAGGGUCUUCUCUCAACAACGCUGCAGCUCGGACCGCCGCCAGUCAGACGCAGUCGUCGCUCGCCGCAGCCACACCCUCGCCGUCUCCUCAGCCGAUCACGCGGCUCGCUCAGGUCCAGACCAACAACAGCAACAACAAGAGAGGCACGUUCACUGAUGACCUCCACAAACUGGUAGAUGACUGGACGAAGGAGACUGUUGCGGCAGCCAGUCAACCCCGGCCCUCCCUGAACCAGAUCAGACAGCAAAGACGCCAGCAGGACCUGGAAGCCCGAGCGCCAGUCAUGGGAGCAGCUGCACGUGAGAUGAAAUGCCAUGUUGGUCCCAGCAAGUUCCAGCUGCCACUUUCCUGCCCGCUGACUGCUGCUUUAGGUCCUGGUAUGCCCACAGCCCUUGGUACCAACACCUCAGCAAUGCUCCCUCCUGGGUACCUUUUGCCAGCAGGCUCCUAUGGUGGAAUGGUUCCCGGUCCUCUUUACCCCCAGCAGUGGCCUGGCAUGCCUAGUCCUGUAGGGUCCGUGGGUCCUGUAGGCCUUCUUGGUGCUGCAAGAAUGAUGCCCUAUGCCACAAUGGCAAACCCAGGGAUUAAAGCCUACCCCCUGGUCAUGCACGACCCAGAGAAUGACCACUGUACAAAAACCACUAGGACUACCUAAUCUGCAAACUAAAGUGUGUUAUUGUGUCUGGGCAGAAUAGUCCAAAUCCACUCUGUUCUGGUUGCCCAGAUUCACACAUGUACAUAAUCUGAUCUUGUAAAUAACAUGAUGCAAGUGUUGAUAUUCUUUAUACAACACGUAUAUCUGUAGUGAAGUGUAUGUGCGUGGGUGUGUGCGUGCAUGUGUGUGUGCGUGUGCGUGUGUAGUAUAUAGUAGAUGUUCAGUUUGUCUACAUACCCUAAUUCUUUUUGGCUUCGUUCUUGACUAAAUUCAGCCAUACAAGACACUUUGUCAGUGGUCACAAAAACGCAUUUCACUUUAUUUUUUAUUGCUGCAGUUUUCUCUUUGUUACAUACAUGUUAAACACUACAUUGGAAUCCAAACACCAGUGGUUUGAGAUAAGGUAACGGGACAGUAUUUAUGAUGAAGAUAUUUGAGGAGAUGUAGUGCCUUGAACAUUGAUUUAUAGACUUUUUUUUUCCUUCUGUGAAACAAAGCAUGUCUGCAACCAAGUUAUUUUAUUUUUGCGGUAGCUUGAGUGCAGUCUCUCAUUUUUUUUUUUUUUUAAUGCAUUACAGACACUUUUGUUUUUGGUUUACAUGUGAAUGCCCUAGUAGUACUGCACUAAUAACUGCUCUUAUUUAAAUAAUAAAAUCAUAUUUUAACCCUUGUUUACUUUACACCCCUGUGACAGAUGGAAUGCCAUAGUGGUGAGAUGUAUCGUUGCCUUGCAGAAACAAAUGGUUAAUGUAUGAAUGAUGAGAGAAGAAAAAAAAAAUUACGCCAGCAGCCAAAACCCACAAUUUCAGGUCAAAUGGCUCAGUUGGACAAAAACUCUUUUUGGUAGGCCAACUAGACAGCAUAAGAGCUGUAGCCUUGUGCUCAGAGGAAAGACAGUGUCCAGAGCCAUAUACCUGUACACUGUACAUAGUUCUUUCUACAGUAUAUGCCUCUGGUAAUGUUCUGAUAAGAAUGUAGCAAUUAAUAUGUGAAGGCUUGAGGCUUAAAAGUGCAAUUUAACCCCUCCACAAAGCUUUGAACGUGGCCUUGCCACAAGCCUUAUUUCUGAUGUGUGCAACAGGAGCAAGCUGAAAAGUUGAACAAAGUUACAAAUCACCAAGCAAAACAGAUAGACUUUACCAGGCAAAUUAUAAGCAUAACCACAAACCACAACUCUGAAGUCACUACUGCUAAAUGUUCUUUCAACUUGUCUGUCCUAUUACUCAGCAUACACUGUUUGUAAAAUAUUUUGUGCAAUCACCAGUUAAGUCUGACCUAUUUUUUUUAUUAUUAUUAUUUGAUGCUUAAAGCUUGAUUUUUUUUUUUUGAUGCUGCUAUUGUCUGAGGGGAUUCCACUGUACAGUUCUUUCUUUUCACAUAAGAUGGUACUUAAAAAAAACCCUCCUCAAAUGAAAUUAACAAAAGAUAUGCUCACAAAGCAGUGUUAUUGCCUUAUUGAAAUUUUGAUUUUCCAGGUUGUUUGCGAUGACGGCCUCUUUUUUUUUUUUGUCAUUUUCUUUUCAGUAAUAAUAUUACAAAAUUCAAAUGAAACUUGAUGCGGGAGAUUUGCACAACAUAUAGUCUCCUUUAAUUCUGAUGUUUCCUACACUGUACAAAGUAUAGUGGGUUUCACCGCCUGUACUUUUUUAUCACUGACAAGCAUGGCCAACUUUUCAUGUUCCACAAAGCAAAUAUAAACAAUCCAGCUGCUGUGGUUACAAAUGUCACAUCUCCACAACACAUUUGAAAGGUUUCAGCACCCCCAAUCCUGCCAAGCUGUGAAUUGUACAGUUUUCUUGUAGUUUAUAUUUGUACAUUUUGUUUGUGUGACUGUUUAGGGGUGGUGGUGGUGGUGGUGGAGGAGGAGGGGUUGCUUUGAUGUAUAUUAUUCCAUCAAUUCGGUUUGAAUUGGACUUUUAUAGGAUAUUAUGCAGAGUCUUCUGCUUUGAUGAAAUACUUCCAGUAGUAAGAGAUUUCUGUUCUCUGUCACUUGUGUCUGGUAUGUUUUGUUCCACCUCCCUCGCUGCUAACACAUGGGGAGCAGAGGAGGGAAUAACAACUGUUGGCAUGUUCAUUUGGAUGCAGUGGCCAGAGAGCUGAAUUGCACAGAGGAGGAGCAGUCCUGACUUUUCCCGACUCUGCUCAUCUCUCUGCACAACAUUGCCCCCUGGUGAAUAUGCUGUGAUUGUCAAAAGCUCGUAUUUUAAACCUGUGUGGGAUUGCUUCUGCCUGCUGUUUGUCCCACUGCAUUACCCCACCCUGCCCUGCUGCACUCUAAUCACAGACUGUGUUGAGAGAGAAAUAAAUAUUAUUUUGUGCUUGA